UAACCCUCUUUUGCAUAUGCUAAUAUUUGCAGGGCUUGGGCCGAAAUAAAAUCCGCAAGCCGCAAGGCCGCAAUUGACACAACACGACUUGGAACAGCGUAUCGCAGCAGUAACGCCAACAUGGUAAAAAGUUUUUCAGUGCAAUGGCUAGCUCGUAGCCAUUACGACAUUCAGACCGAACAGGACACGACUUCUGUGGAAAAUUCUCGGACGAAUUUUAAACCCCACAUUCCGUGUACAGUUCAGCCUCGACCGCCGACGUGUUACAACAAGGACUACCUGCAAAUGAAAUCAAAGGCCUCUGUGGAUGAUAAUAGUAAACAGCGCACUUAUUAUUCUUCUGGUCCCGCUGGCUGCUCUUCCCCGAGCUUGUCAGAGAACAGUGGAUAUUCCUCGGGGUACGAGAGCGAGGCUGCCUCCUUGGAGUGCCCUAUAGAAAAUGACGGAGAGAAGCGGGGGACACAUCGCAGGGUCCGCACCAAAUUCACAUCUGAACAGAUCUACAAGCUAGAAAAGACCUUUAACAAACACAAGUACCUGGAUCCUACGGAAAGAAUCAAAACGGCUGCAAAACUGAACCUCUCUGAAACUCAGGUGAGAACGUGGUUUCAGAAUCGGAGAAUGAAGCUGAAGCGUGAGGUGCAGGACUGGCGCACAGAAAACUUCCCUCCUACGCUACUGUGCCCCACCAUGUUCCCACACGCUCCUUCCGUUCAGAACCACAGCUACGCUGGACAGCGACUCCCCUUUACUCAAGCGCCACAUGCGAUUUACCCGCCUAUGAUGCAGCAGGUCCCGGUGCAGCAGAUCCACCCCAUGAUGCUGGCUCCGCAUUAUUACUGA